AGGACUCUGAACGGAAGUGGUCUUGAUAAUACUUCCGGCUAGAAACAAACCAGACUCUGAUGUGUAAAAACUACAUUUAACGCCGCUUAGUUUGUUGUGUUCAUAUUUAAAAUAAACCGGAACCUGUACAUUUAAUGUCUAUGUGAGGUUUGAGCGUCAGACAUGAGCGUCACUUUGGAUAUAAGACUGAAAAGAGCGAACAAAGUUUACCAUGAAGGGGAAGCGGUGGCUGGUGUCAUUGUGUUGGUGUGUAAGGAGCCGCUGCAGCACCACGGCAUCUCUCUGAACAUGGAGGGACUGGUGAACCUGCAGCUCAGCUCCAAGAGUGUCGGCGUCUUCGAGGCUUUCUACAACUCUGUCAAGCCCAUCCAGCUGAUCAGCAGUAACAUCGAGGUGGCCAAGGCAGGAAAGAUCCCAGGCGGCAAGACUGAGAUCCCCUUUGAGUUUCCUCUGCUCACAAAGGGCAACAAAGUUCUGUACGAGACCUACCACGGUGUCUUUGUCAACAUUCAGUACACCCUCCGCUGUGACAUGAAGCGCUCCCUGCUGGCCAAAGACCUGAGCAGGAACUGUGAGUUCAUCGUACACUGUCAGCCACUGAAAGCUAAAACUGCCCCCAACCCAGUAAACUUCACCAUCACUCCAGACACGUUAGAUAACAUCAGAGAGAGGAGUUCACUGCCAAAGUUUCUAAUCCGAGGCCAUUUAGACGCCACCAACUGUGUGAUCAGCCAGCCGCUGACUGGAGAGGUGGUGGUGGAGAACUCAGACGUCCCCAUCAAGAGUAUUGAGCUUCAACUUGUACGAGUAGAGACCUGUGGUUGUGCCGAAGGUUACGCCAGAGAUGCCACAGAGAUUCAGAACAUCCAGAUCGCUGAAGGUGACGUCUGCCACGGCCUCUCUAUUCCCAUCUACAUGGUGUUUCCCAGGCUGUUCACCUGCCCCACGCUGGAGACCACCAACUUCAAAGUCGAGUUUGAAGUGAAUGUCGUCAUUGUGUUACACGACGAGCAUCUGAUCACUGAGAACUUCCCCCUGAAGCUGUGCAGAGUCUGAACCAGCCGUCAGGUAACUUCCCCGGAACUCUGCUGCUGCCACUAUUCAUACAAACAAACAGGACAGACGACAAUGUUGUGACCCAGGAGAUUUUUUAUUGGAAAUCUGAACUUGUUUCUUUCAUAAUGUAACAGGAGAGUGAUUAUUUAAAGUUAUAUUCAAACGUAAUAAACGUCACAUUCAUGGAGACGAUGAUAAAAAAACUUUAAGACAUUUGACCACUUCCCAUGAUUUGUUCCUAAAAGAGAGCAGCGUAAAAGAAAAUCUUAAUUUUCAAAUUUGAAAUGUCAGAGAUGAACAAACAAGAAAGAACAGAUCGAACACGAGACAGUUUUAUUUCGCUAAAGUAAAAACUGGUGUUUCUCUACACAUCCGCUUUUUAAUUAUAUAAAAAAGCUUCUAAAAAGGCAUGUUUAGAUUUGAAUGAAUAAAAAGUCAAAUAAAAGCUUGAACAUAAAAGCAGACUUUCAGGAAGUGACGAAGUGGUUCGAUGUUACGGAGCUUGGCGUCUCCGGCCCAGCAGCGCGGGGAAGUCUUCAGGCAGCAGGGCGUGGUUCCUGCAGGUCGGACAUGUGCUCUGCUCCUUCAGCCACGACUUAAUGCACUGAACACAGACGGGACAAAAGACGAAUAUUAAACCCAGCAGCCGUCACCGUCCACACACAGGACCUAUUAUUCCAACUCCUUUGUUCUGGAUCUGUUUUCUUUGUUUACAUUCAGAGUCUGGGCUUCAGGACAGUUGUUUUAAAAAGCUCUGCUGUGGAGCUGCUGACCACUACAGUUGUGUUUUUGUAUCAUUCCUGCACUUACACAUUCCAGAAAUGGUUCGUUUUCAAUCAGUUUAAUUUGAUUCUUUAUGAUUGUUUUACAUCAGAUACAUAUUCCAAUUCUGCAGUAAGCACUUAUAUGGCCAGCGGUAGUAUUUCCUUAGAUAUGAAAAUGGUUUAAGUGCAUAAUUAAUUGAAAUACUUAAUAGACAAGCCUGGAUAAAAUGAAUAAGCUUGACUAGACUUUCAUAGACGAAGAUAAUAUUUCCAACAAA